AUUUUCUUUCCAUCUGUCUAUUCAUCGAUCAUGGGAAAAGCAAGAAAAACAAGAAAGUUCGCUGAAGUCAAGCGUAUGAUCAGUACCAAAGAUGCGAGAUUGAAGGAAAAUAAAGAAAAGCAGAAAAAGAAGGAAGAGGAAAAGGAAAAGGCAGUGGUUCGUCAACUUCCUCAGGUUGCUUCGUCCAUGUUUUUCCAGUAUAAUUCCGCUCUCGGUCCUCCUUAUCAUGUACUUGUCGAUACCAAUUUUAUCAAUUUCUCCAUUCAGAACAAACUGGAAUUGGUAAAGUCCAUGAUGGAUUGCUUGUAUGCGAAAUCUAUUCCUUGUAUUACCGAUUGUGUGAUGGCUGAAUUGGAAAAACUGGGUCCAAAGUAUCGUAUUGCGUUAAAAAUUGCGCGAGAUCCUCGAUUCGAACGGUUGCCGUGCUCGCACAAGGGUACCUAUGCUGAUGACUGCUUGGUUCAGCGUAUCAUGCAACAUAAAUGCUACAUUGUGGCCACUUGCGAUCGUGACUUGAAACGACGUAUUCGUAAAGUUCCGGGUAUUCCCAUUAUGUAUAUCUCAGGUCGUAAAUACGUUAUCGAACGACUUCCGGAACUUGGCACCAAUACUUUUUAGACAUUUUUUUUAUACUUAUCUCCCUGUGAACUGUAAAUAAACUGCAUCAAUCAUCAUGUUCUUGUCCUUCAGGCAGAGUAACGAUGUGUCGAUCCAUUGGACGCGCUAUGGGAAGAAAAAAAAAAAGUCUCAGGAGUGAGCGCUUUCCGAAAUAAAGGCGAGGGGCAUUUUUCACAUGCUUCGCAGCGACUGAAAUUUCCUGCGGAAAGCGCUUAGGCUGUUUCUUUUGCAUUUUUUAUCAACUAUCAAUGAGUGAAACGAACGAGACCAUGCGUAUUGCUCUGGUCAUGGGAGCUACAGGCAAGUUAUGGACCGUUUGGGGAACUUUUUCAGGUUAUCGACGAUGACGAUGAGGAGCACGGUUUAACAGCAUCACUGUAGGAGCUGUGGGCAAAGCGGUAUUGAAGGAUCUUUUGCUGAACAGCACCUAUGCCAAGGUGGUGAUUGUAGGCCGACGCGCCGCGGAGUUAAGCAACGACAUUCCGCAAGAGAAACUGGU